AUGUAUAAAAAUAUUUCAGAAAUCUAUGAAGAGAGUGAAAUAGUGAAGUUUUUAUCAUAAAUAGGAAAAACAUUAGCUAUCAUAUAUGUUGAAGAAAGAAUAGCUCAUAGAGACAUAAAGCCUUCGAAUAUACUAAUUAUUGAUAAUAAUUACUAUUUAUCAGAUUUUGGAUGUGCAGAAAAUCUAUUUGAUUCUGAAGGAGCUAAAUAUAAUUUAGUAAUGGGAACUUUGAAAUGGAUGUCACCUGAGUUAAAGGAAAAGAAGAAAAUUGAAGCAAUUGACUACUUUAAAAGUGAUAUAUUUAGUUUAGGAAUGGUAUUGCUUUAUAUGCUAACUCUAUCUGAUAUAUCCGCAGUUAAUUCUGACGAAUUUAGCAAGAAUUAAAAACUUAGAAUUAUGAGAAACUCUUGUAAAUAUGUUUCUAAGGAAAUAAUUUUAUUAGUAAGUAAAAUGCUAGAAACUAAUCCUGAUUUUAGACCUGAUGCACCAAUUUUAAUAUAAGCAAUAGGAGAAAUAGAAAAUAAAUUUCAAUAAAAAUGA